AUGGCUAACGUCGACGAGGAGCUGGAGCUGCGCUCGGACGCUCUCGGCCCGGUGCCAAAUCCGAUCAACGGAGGCGACAAGGUGUACCUGCAGUGCUCGGCCCACACCGGCCCGAUUCGGGCAGCCUUUGAGUCAGCACUCGGCGUCAAGGUCCAGCACGGCGUUUUUGGCGGCAAGAUCUGGAACAUGCUGCUGCAGCUCGAAUCGACCGACCGCGUCCAGGCAGUGGAGAAGCUGGAGGAAGAGCAAGGCAUCUCGCGCGCGACCAUACAGCGCAAGGGCAAGCCAGUGUACGUGGUGUACAUGUCAAAGAAGGAAAGGGAGAAGCGCAAGAGCCAGACUCUGGAGGACACCCUCUCGGAGCGUGCCAAGUUGAUCGAGAUCCCGGAAGAGCAGCUCGCAAAGAUCGACGCGUGCUGGCUGAAGGAGGAGGAGUACAAGGAGGUGUGCAAGGCGCUGCACGAGGACCAGCACGACUGGACGGGUGUCAACUCGCGUGUCAAGUCGAUCUCGAAGCAAGCGUUCCUUAACACGCGAGUUGACACGGCGCCAGCCUUCCGCGCCUUUGAGGAGCGCGCCGCUGCCUUUACGGCGCAGAAGGAGGAGAAGGACACGCACAAGCUCGAGCAGCUGAUGAAGUCGGCGGAGGCUGAGCUGAGCUUUGCCAAGGAGAAGCUGGCCACCUGCCGCGAGGACAAAAAGAACUUCACUUCCGACCUGCGCAAGUACUACGAGCGGCGCGACGAGCUCAAGGCUGAGGCUGUCAAUCUCGCGCUCGACUCGUACUCUGACCAUGCCAAGAUCGCGGAGAUUCAGCUAAAGCGGCGGCGCCUCAUUGACACCAUCUCUGAGACGGAGGGCAAAGUCUCGUCGCUCGCCGUCUCUAUCUCGGAGUACGAGAAGCGCACCAAGGAGCUGGAGACGAAUAUCGAAGACCUGGCGGCCAAAGUCGACCCGAAGACCGACGGGCAGCCGUCGUCGAAGCGGCAGCGGCUCUGACUCGGUCGGUCGGUCGGUGUCUUGGCAUCUUCCAUGGCGCCGGGCAGAAGCGGCUCUAGGCUCCCCUAGCUGCAAGACAAGAGCAUGCGCGCUAGUAGUCGGGUCCGCCGUCCCUGACGGCAUAUCCUGUGCAGAUAGGUAGCUAAUAGGUUUCGAGUCCU